AUGGGUGCCCAUUGCCCAAAAAAUAAUAAUAAUUAUACCAAGGCAAGAGUUGUUGUUAUGUCGCUUGAUAAAAUGUCAACUUAUUGUAUCUCCAAAGAAAAGGUAUUAGAAGAAUUAAAAACAAAAGUAGUAGAGAAUAUUGGUAAACUUGAAGAGACCAAAGAACACCUCAUCGAUGAACAUCACAAGAACCAAGAGAAAGCAAAAGAAAAGAUCUAUGAAAAGUUGAAUGUAUCUAGAGACCCAAACAGCUUCAGACUCGAUGAAGGAAAGACAUCAGAGAGUUUCUUUAAACCUCGUACACACAUUGAAGAGUCAGGUAAAGAGUUUCCAAAGCUCAACGUCGGUGAGUUCUAUAGAGGUUUUCUUAGAGCAUCUGGUUAUAGUUGGGGACUAGCUAUCACUGCUGGUCUCAUUGCUUUUGGUGUCUAUCGUUUUACUUCAAAACCUCUUACUCCUAGUAGCAGUACCUCUAGUGGUACUACUUCAACAACUUAUGAUUAA